CUCAGUGCUCCAGCAUCCAGCAUCUGCUGACAGUGAGCCGAGCCAGGUCCUGGGGUCGGGUGAAGGUGCACAGCUCCCCAGGAGCUCCAGAACAGAAAGAACAGCAGCCAGAGCUCCAGAGAAUGCAGAAUUAUGCAAGUUGAAAAUAACCUUUGAAAAAUCCCAACCUAACUAAACAUCAAAACUGUUUUCCUUUCCUUGAAAGACAGCAAGCAAUCUAACUACGAUGCCUAUUGAGGAGCCAUAUGGAAAAAACAGUUCUGUCCUGUUAAACUGGUUGCGCAGUUUUGUUUUUCAUCUGUCUACAGAGAUCUGAGAAUUCCAUGUUUUAUUUUAUGCUUUUUCAGCAGAGAAAGCGAGUGAACUGGGGCUCAUCUGGCCAGAAACACAAUAGUACUGAAGAUGUCCUGUAUCUGGUUUUAUCUGCCUCUCUGCCUUCUCACGGCUGCUUGCCUGUGUCAUUCCCUUAAAGCACCCACUGCCAGUUCCCAACAGAGCUUCAAGAGUGGUCUCUUCAACUUCUACCACUCCCUGAUUCUUGCUGAUGGUAAGGAAACUACAGUUCAUCUGCUGAAGGAUAUCCCUAAAAGGUAUUACUUCGUUUUGGAGGAAGACAGAGCCCUUGUACCUUUCACAAUAACAGUGACCCCUUGUGAUGUCCCCAUUGAGUGGAGCAUACUUGUGCACAAAGCUUCAGCAAAUUUGCUUGGGAAAGCAGCACAAGGUGAUCUCAAUAGACAUGAUGUCUCAAAAUUCCAGAAGGCUACAAGCAUGACAUCCACCAUUUUCAACUACAAGGGAAAUUCAGUAGAGACUUACAUGGGUAUGUCUUCUCAGUCUGCCCUUUAUAUGCUAGAGUUCUUAUCGACCGAGCGUGACACACACAUCACUGUGUACUUAACAACUGACACAACGUCUGGGCACCUCUAUCCAGAACUUCCUCUGGAUCCACGCAUAGAUGUUAUCGGCGUUGGCCAUACAACAGUGACUCUGACAUGGAAACACAGUCCCUCUGCCUUGCAACACAGAGAAAGCAUCCAGUACUGUCUUCUAGUUAAUGAAAAGCACAAUUACAAGAGCUUGUGUGCUGCUGAGACAGCAAUCAGAUUCUCCGGAAUGAAAAUGCCACCAACAUUAGCUUUGUCUCUCUCUCCAUACCUUCUUGAACCACAGCAGGUAAUGAUAUUAUCAGACAGUGAACUGAGCAUCAUCAACAAAGUGAGCAGUGGGGAAGUCAGGCAGAUAUGUAUGGGUACCAAGAACACCUAUACAGUGCCUAAUCUCAGUCCCAGCACUCAAUAUUAUUUUGAUGUCUUUGUUGUCAAUCUCCUCACAAAUGCCAGUGCUGCUUACACUGGGACAUUUGCAAGAACUCUAGAAGAGCCUGAGCCUAAGGUGAUGAAGCUGAAAGAUGGGAAGGCAAUUCAGGUUGUCCUGGAUGGGAAAAAACAGAAGUUGUGCAGUCUGCAGUACCAAGCGAGGCACAAGAAAGUACAGUUUGCCUUUCAGUUGUGCCGUGGUCAAGUACAGGUUCACAUAACAAAAAAUGGUAAAAUAGUGGCAUCAGAAAACAUUCUGGGGUUGAGGUAUUUGUCACUGAAGGGAAAGCCACUAGACAUAUACCUGGUGCAGCUGAGGUCCACAGAGGAAUCCGAUUCUUCUGUGAAAGUGCAGGUCUCCCCCCAUUUCCACAAGCCCUUAUUCCCACUUCUUCCAGAGAGCUUAAAAAUCAAGUCUUUCAGUAAACUGAGGACUUGCAACUCUGUCACCAUUGCCUGGCUAGGAACACAAGAGCAGAGCAAGUACUGUGUGUACAAGAAAAGGAUUGAAGAAGAUCAAGUCUGGAUGGAACUGCAAAAUACAGACACGUGCUCUGGACCUGAUUCUCGGCACAAGUCAGAGAAAGUGCUGUGCAAGUAUUUCUAUGACGUAAAUCUCCAGAGAGCUGUCACCACAGAGACUAUCAAAGGGCUGGAUGCAGGGACACUUUACUUGUUUGACAUUUAUCUCAUUGGGCCAUCUGGCAUCCCUGUCAGAUAUCACAGCAAAGUUGUGAAGACAAGGAAAAAAUGUUGAAGAUUCUUCCAGAGACACUUUGAAAUGAGUGAAUGAAGACUACUUCCAAAACCAAUGGUAACCCAUAUCAUAGCCCAUACGGUUUAAUACACAUCAACAAUAUUCUAAAGCCAUGAUAUUCUGCAAAGGGAUUAUCUUAAUUCAGAUCAUUACACUUUUGCAUCUUCUCCUGCACACAUUUUUUUCUUCCCCUCAGCUGCCUCAUUGAGACAUCCUGAACAUGAAAUUAAUUCAUGCACACAGAAAUAAAAUACUCAGUGGCACCCACGAGAAAUAGAUAGGUUACCCAAAAUGCUUCUGAAAUCCAACAUAGAAAAUGGGAAAAACCUCUCAAGGAGCAUCGUUAUUUUUAAGUUCCAGUUUCCCACUGUGUGCAAGUCCAUCAGUUAAUGAGGAAGUGAAAACUCCCCCCCAAGUCAAGCUGGUUUGGAAUAAUCUAACUUCCCCACUACUUGAACAGUACACAGGGAUGGAGGAAAUAAAGUCUGUGGAACUGUUAUCAAAGUGGCACUGCUCUACAGCUCAAGUAAAGCAGGCUGAAAUACUUUCUCUAUUACCUGUGUGCUAGCUUGACUUUUAUCUUUAUAGAGAAAAUAUUAAUGUUUAGAAAGGGCUAAAACUUGGGCCAGGACUAGCUCUGAAUCCAGCUUUGCUGGGAGCAUAAAAACAGUGCUGUGCUGCUACCCACUGAGGAAAGAAAUAAGGAAUCCUGCCAUAGAAAGGUUUUUGUUUUGUUCUCUUAAUAUAUAGCCUCUGUUAUCUGCCCUCAUCCAUCUCUGCGUGACUCCUGAGAGUCACGUACUUGCUCUUGACAUCCUUAACCCAGCCUGUAUCAAUGAAUGUGUUGCUUUAGGAAAAAGUAAAUGUGGUUUUCCUUUUAAAUAUCAAGAAGGAAGAAGUAUUUGUAGUACAAAGCCUGACAAACAUGUUUUUUGUUGUCUGCUUCCUUGAUUACCUUCCUCAGAUGAUGAAGGAGUAUGAAAAAAUACUAAAAAAAAUAAAAGUCUUCAUAAGAAAACAUGUUGAAUAUCAAUUAUCAGCAGAAAAUAUUUUGCACAUAUGUUGUUGGCAGGUCUGGAAUUUAUGUAUAAAGAGCUAUAAUAGAGUGACUGACCCAAAGGUUGCUAGAGAAAUCUUGCCUGCAAUUCUCUUCUCUGCAAUUAUACUGCACAAAAACAAGCAAUUAAUUCCACUAUUGUACAUUUCAGAAGUUCACUUGCUAUCCAGGAUCAAAGUUGUAGCUUACUCUGAAUAAUUAUUACCUCCAAACAUGCUUGGAGGCACUUAGUAAGGACAGAACCUGUCCUCAGCAUAUAGGCAAGCAAUUAAACAUUUCCUGCUGCAAAGACUUUAUAACAUCAUGCUAAAGGGGAUGUUUGCUCAGCCUCUGCAUGGUGCAUCCUGCCCAUAAGCAGACU